UUGCCCUAUACAAUUGGACAAUAUGUGUUUGAGUGACAUAAGUUAAAUUUCUUCCCGAAAAGAAAUUCCUGUAAGAAGACGUCUGACGCCUCGUGGUUGCAGAACUGUGUUUGCUUUUUGGAGUAACAAUGGCGCGCAGGUGUUCUGGCCGAGACGUUUCACUCCUCCUCCUGUUUUUUACAUUGACUUGCACGCGUCUUGAUGCAUCAAGUCCGGUUGUGGACCAAGAGCUCUCCGACAUCAUCAACGAGCUCUGGAAGUUGGACACAAACCGCCUGAAGCCUGGGACGGACUAUACCAUCUCCUUGCAGGGGAAGGCGGGCUUCGUCACCCAGGGAACUAACACCGCCAGGGACCACGCCCAGUCUCCGCUUUUCUCCCAUGUUAACGAAGCCAAAUUAAAGAGCAUCAAGACCUACUCCAACUUCCUGGACUUGCUGGACAACUAUGAGAAGUCGACCGGCGUGACCGAGAAGGUCACCCCCGAGGAGCUGGCCGAGAACUACCGCUUCCUGGACUCCAUCCUGCAGACUGAGGUCAUGAAGCGUGCUCACAAGUACCUGGUCAGCAAGGGGAAGUCGAGCACAGACCUGAGGCUGUUUAAGAACCAGCUCUAUGACAUCUGGUUCCGCCUGUACCACAGAGACAGGAGUGCAGGGGAAGAUUCAUGCGGAUUUGAGCACGUGUUUGUCGGAGAGACGAAGUUCGGGAAGGAGAUCGCGGGUUUCCACAACUGGGUCCAGUUCUACAUGGAGGAGAAAAAUCACCACCUGGACUACAAGGGCUACAAAGCCAGGGACCAGGAUGUGCCGGACGAUAACGACCACGUGCUGAACGUGCAGUUCAGCUGGAACGGGCUGGAAUUCGAGGUGGCGCUCUUCACCAUCGUCUUCCUCAAGUCCACCGUGAGGGUGACCCACACCGUGAUCAACGUGGACGAGUACCAGCUGGAGGUGGUGGUGUACCGCCACGGACGCUCCAUCGGGACAUCCUACCCCAAACUCCUGAGCAGCAACAACAGGCACGUGUAGAUGCCUCCACACACCUACCCCGGUCCGGACUCAGCCGUCUGGUCCAAGUAGCUGGGGCCACAGAUCUGUUACAGUACGCUAUUCACUUAUCUCUGUGUCACUAUGUCCAUGUCACUUAUCUCUGUGUCACCAUGUCAUUAUUUACACUAUAUAACCAGAAGUAUCUGGACACCCCUUGGUCUGGGGCUGUUCUCCAUGGUUUGACCUUGGCCCUUUAGCUCUAGUGCAGGAAAUUCUUAAUGCUACAGCAUAAAAUUAACAUUUGUCUUACAAAGCUCAUCCCUCCAUCGAGCUCAGUACUGUGUGAUCAGUGGCCUGGGUUCAGGAUUUGGCUGUCUGGUCCUGGAUAAGUGUGUGCAGGCAUUCAUGUAGAUGCGACCUGUGCAUUAAUACUCACGUAUAUAUUUGCAUUUGCUUUGCACUAAUAUUAAUAUGAGUAAGGCCUGCUGUGGCUGCCAUAUAUCUGGUGCACCUUUCUGUCUCUCCUCUUUCUGUCUCUUCUCUUUCUGUCUCUCUCCUCUUUAUCUCAUAUCUUGGAGGUGGUCCUUCAUCAUGAUCAAUGGACAGCCCAAAUUCGACACUUACGCCAGUGUUAGACUUUUGUGUGUCAGACAUGUAUUUCACCAUUUGGCCGUUCUCAGCCAUAGGACGCUUCAAAGCGCUCGGCCAGCAUAGUCUGGAGAUAAGACAGGGCAGGAACUGGGGGGUUAGCCAUCUGAGAGAGGUAGGGGUGUGUCUGUGUGCAGCUCUUUUUUGGGCAAGUCAGUUUUGGGCAAGUUUUUUAGCAGUUGGACGUGGGCACUGAGUCCUGCAUCAAUGUCUGAUGUUAUGGGUUUCAUCUCUGGUUCUUUUGGAAUAUUCUGCUGCCUUUUGGUUACUGAAUUCUGGUCUUUGGGACAAAAGCUGUGGUCUGGUAUCUGCUUUCAUUCAUUUCAUGUCUGACUGCCCAUGUCUGUAACCUUUAAUUGUUUUAAGGUAGUUGAACCUCGUCUUUAGAUUAGACGUGAUUAUUUGUUGUAACUUAAUAAAUUUCUUCAUUUUCA